AAAUAUCUACUGCUAGACGAUUAAAUGAAACAUUUAAAAUAUUCUGCAUGACAUACGAAUUAUUCAGUUUACUUUUUUGGAAUUAUAUAUAUUUUUUGUAAUUGUACCCUGUUUAUGUAAAUAGGCUUUUGUAAAAAUGGCACAGCCCGGGGGCAGAGGAAACUUUAAAAUGCUGGCUCCGACGCAGGCAGAUGAAGACGCCUUUGAUUACGUGAAAUAUAGAGACAAUCCAAAACCUAACGGAGUAAUUGGAUCCAUAGCCCACAUGGUGAAGGGGGCACUUGGGGGUGGCAUUCUGGGGGGGCACGUGGCCUACAUGAAAGCUGGUAUUUGGAUCGCACUGCCAUUCAAUAUCCUGUUUGGGUUGUACAUGGGGUAUUGCCUCUAUAUACUUGUAAUCUCUGCUCAAAAGCUAUACAAGCGGACCCGGGUGCCUAGCAUGUCGUACCCCGACGUGGGCGAGGCUGCCAUGGCCUGCUUCCCCAACCCCAAGGUCGCCAGGUUCUCGAAAUACUUCAGGUACUCCAUAGACGGCAUCAUCUGUCUGGAUCUGUUCGGUGCCUGCGCGACGUACCAGCUUAUUAUAGCGAAGUCUAUAAAACAGUUGGUCGAAAACGUUCAAGAAACAUCUAUCGAAGGACUUUACGGGUACCCGAAUCUACGAGUGUACUUGGCUGCAAUGAUCAUCCCUAUCAUAUUAAUAUGUCUGAUAACGCAUUUGAAAUGGCUGGCUCCGUUCUCCAUCGGUGCCAACAUUGUCGUACUGCUGUGCAUCUUCACUGCCAUCUACUACGCCAUGACGCUGAACCCGACGCUGGCUGGCAUGGUGGCUUACACGGACCUGUAUAGCUACUUCGAGUUUGUGGGCAUGUCGGUGUUCAGCAUGUCAUGCGCCGGCGUGGUGAUCCCUAUUGAGAACAACAUGGCGAGCCCCAACAAGUACCCGUUCGUAUUGGUCGUAGGGAUGAGUAUGAUCGUGGUGUGCACGUGCGCCGUGUCCACCUUCGGCUACGCUGCGUUCCUUGAUAAGUGCGAGUCUCCCAUCACCAUGAACUUCUCCAUGACUUUACUGCCCAAGAUUUUGAAGUGUCUGAUUGCAGUGAUGAUCUAUGUGACCCAUGCACUUAACUUCUGGGUUCCGUUCAACUUGUGUUUCUACUAUAUCAAGCUUAAGAUCAAACCGGAGAAUCAUAUGAAGUGGGAGCUCAUCUUCAGAGCUAUUUUUGUCGCAGCAAUCGGAGUCAUCGCCAUCACUUUUCCAAACAUAAACGCUCUAAUGGGUUUCCUGGGUACUUUCUGCUUGUCUAACAUGGCGUUCAUCUGGCCCAACUGUAUCUACCUGAUGACGGUGUGGGCGCGCCCCGGGCUCGGCAAGUACAAGUGGCGGCUGUGGAAGUCACUGACCCUGAUCAUCAUCGGAUUAUUCCUGCUGAUCUGCGGCUCUGUGGUCAACACUAACGAGCUGCUAUCAAUGUUCUCUUAAUGGCUGACUAGCUGAGUAUCUGAUCGUAUAGUAGCCAGCCAACGUUACCGAUUUUGUAGCUUCAAUUAUGUGGCUUUAGGAAUACAAAAUUGAGAUUGCCAUUUUAUACGUUAGCUAUAAAAUGAGAUAUUGUUUGGAACACGCCAUCUCAUAAUAAUUUUGUGGUAAAGCAAAUUUGGUCGUAAAUCAAAUUAAAGUAUCCCUAAGCGACUCAGCAAACACUUUUGUUGAAUUUUGUGAUUAUAAUGUGCUACAAAAUAAAUAAAAAAAACACGUAGAUUAUUAGAAUUAUGUCAUUGUAAGAAUUUUAUAUAGUGCGGAAAAUAAAAGUGCUUCGAGUGCAUGGAAGGUACGCGCUUUUGUGAUAUUUUAUAUAGUUUUGUGAUUAAUAAAUAUUUAUUUUGAGCUUGUGGUA